AAGCGCUCUCCGGGUCUCUCCUCACAUUUUUCAUCCCAAAGUGAUAUUAUCCAGUUGUUGCGAUGCACGUGACAGAGCGCAGCAUCAAAGCAACCGUUAUGGGGUGGGCGUGGCUUAGAGUUGUCAACAUCCUGGUUACAUAACUGGCGUCUCCAAAAUGGCGACGGCGGAGCAGAGGGAAGCAGGGCAGGAAGAGCCAGACAGCGAAGACGAGGUCUAUGAGGUGGUGGACCUGACAGAGUACGCCCGCAGGCACCAGUGGUGGAGCCGGGUGUUCGGGAACAGCUCCGGGCCGAUCGCUGAGAAGUAUUCCGUGGCUACCCAGAUCGUGAUGGGAGGGGUGACUGGCUGGUGUGCUGGCUACGUCUUCCAGAGAGUUGGCAAGAUAGCGGCGACCGCCAUCGGUGGCGGCUUCCUUCUUUUACAGAUCGCCAACCACAGCGGUUACGUGCAGGUGGACUGGAAGAAAGUGGAGAAGGACGUCAACAAAGCAAAGAAGCACCUGAAGAAGAAGGCGAACAAAGCCGCUCCCGAGAUAAACACUUUCAUUGAGGAGGUAAAGGCCACAGAUUUCAUAAAGAGGAACAUCGUCCUGUCCAGCGGGUUCGUUGGCGGCUUCUUUUUGGGACUGGCCUCCUAAAGCUGCCGCCGUCGCCUCCGUACCUCCCCACUUACUGUGAAUCUCAUCACUACGUUGCUCUCCGGGCGUUUUACCUCCUCGCCCCGUGCGUCUCCUGAUUUAUCCCAUGGCGAGGCGACAGAAGGGAUUAUGUUAAAUGUCCAAGCAUGACCUGUCGUGACCGUGGCAUUCCUGCGUUUUCCCCCAACUGUCCCCCCCCCUCGGUCCGUUCUGACAUCUGCCGCUGCGUUGUAGACAUUCUUCAGAGCGGUGCAUAUGAAAGGGGUGGGAGUAUAUUGCCAAACUCCCAACUCAUCACAAGAAUUUUUUUUUUUUUUUUUUUUUAACGAGGCUGGAAGAUUUGUCUGGAAUACAUGCCGUUCAAAGCGUGUAAGUUAAAAAAGAAAAAAAGAGCUGCGUGGAGAAGUUUGUUUUCUGGUUUUCACACCAAACAGUCGGAUCAAAAUGCUUUUUUUAACGGCCUGGACGAACACCUGCUGACCACGUAGCAGCUUAUUACAUUAUUUAUAGUCGGAGAAGUCUAUCAUGAAUUGCUUGAAUUCUAUUUUUGCCUUUUUAUUUUUUUUUGUACAAGUGCAAUAAGCUGCUGUAUUGUUAUUAUUAUUAUUAUUAUUAUUAUGUUCUUGAAAAGGUUGCUAAAUCCUAAACUGGUGUUGUUUUUGCUCUCUGUUUAUGUCGAACCUUACUUUGAUAAUCCUGUUUGCAUUUGACGUGUCUCUUUUUUGGAAUAAAUAUGCCUGAAAUUGUUUAAAUUGACAAA